AUGGUCUUCGAUCUUCGAUCUCCGAUUUGCGAUCGGCCUGAGGCUCAGUUCAAGUUUCGGCUUGCAGAAUUUUGGGCUCGGUCUCGUAUAAAUAGUUUGCCGAAAUUCUUGGUUAUUGCCUUUGCCGUCCUGGCCUGCGCCUAUGGCGAUGUCUCCCACUUGGGUUACGACUACUCUCCCCCGGCUCCGGUCUACCAGCCUGCUCCUGCUCCAGUGGAGAUCCCCGUCCCCGCCCCCGUGAGGAGCUACGUCCCACCUGCACCCAUCAGCAUCCCAGCUCCAGCUCCUGUUUACCACCCAGCUCCUGCUCCCAUCAGCAUCCCAGCUCCAGCUCCUGUUUACCACCCAGCUCCUGCUCCCAUCAGCAUCCCAGCUCCAGCUCCUGUUUACCACCCAGCUCCUGCUCCGGUUUACCACUCAGCUCCUGCUCCUGCUCCCAUCAGCAUCCCAGCUCCAGCUCCUGUUUACCACCCAGCUCCUGCUCCGGUUUACCACUCAGCUCCUGCUCCUGCACCCAUCAGCAUCCCAGCUCCAGUUGAGAUCCCCAUCCCAGCUCCAGUUGAGAUCUCCGCCCCAGUGAACUCCUACAUUCCCCCUGCUCCCAUCAGCAUCCCAGCUCCAGCUCCUGUUUACCACCCAGCUCCUGCUCCCAUCAGCAUCCCAGCUCCAGCUCCUGUUUACCACCAAGCUCCAGCUCCGGUUUACCACUCAGCUCCUGCUCCUGCUCCCAUCAGCAUCCCAGCUCCAGCUCCUGUUUACCACCCAGCUCCUGCUCCCAUCAGCAUCCCAGCUCCAGCACCCGUUUACCACUCUGCUCCUGCUCCCAUCAGCAUCCCAGCUCCAGUUGAGGUCCCCAUCCCAGCUCCAGUGGAGAUCUCCGCCCCCAACACCCAGGUUCUGGAGGAGAUCGAGCCCGCUUCCAACGAUGGAUACCGCUACAAGACCGUGCGUCGUCGCGUCUACCGUCGCCGCAAAUUCCUGGUUGUCGCCGUUGCCCUCCUGGCCGUUGCCCACGCCGAUGUGUCCCACCUGUCGGGCUACAACUACGCCCCCGUGAGCAUCCCCCACCCGGCUCCUCUGCCCGUGAAGGUGGCCCCAGCUCCCGCUCCCGUGAACACCUACAUUCCCCCAGCACCCGUGCACGUUGAGGUUCCUGCCCCGGCACCCGUGCACGUGGAGAUCCCCCACCCCGCUCCUCUGCCCGUGAAGGUUGCCCCCGCUGCCCCAGUGAAUGCCUACAUUCCCCCCGCACCCGUGCACGUUGAGAUCCCAGCUCCCGCACCCGUGCACGUUGAGAUCCCAGCUCCCGCACCAGUGCACGUUGAGAUCCCAGCUCCCGCACCCGUCAAGGUUGCCCCAGUGGCCCCCGUGAACAGCUACAUUCCUCCCGCACCCGUGCACGUUGAGAUCCCCGCCCCUGUGCACUCCGCCCAUGUGCACUCCGCCCCUGUGCACUCUGCCCCUGUGCACUCCGCCCCUGUGCACUCCGCCCCUGUGCACUCCGCCCCUGUGCACGCCGCCCCUGUGCACUCCGUCCCUGUGCACUCCGCCCCUGUGCACGCCGCCCCUGUGCACUCCGCCCAUGUGCUCGCCGCCCCCGCUCCCGUCCAGGCCCACCAGUCCGUUCUGGAGGAGAUCGAGCCCGUGUCCGCCGAUGGCUACCGCUACAAGACCGUCCGCCGUGUGGUCCGUCGCCGCCUGUAG